UACAUAUUAAGAGCAUAUUGUUGAUUGUAAAACUAGCCUCCACGAGUUUAACUCCAAAAAAAUACAAAUACGCGUCAAAAUUAGACAGUAGCAAGUUUAAAUAAGAAAAAAAAUUUAAUGUGGCUUAAUUAUCAAAUUUGGAGGCUUAAAAUCAAAUGAUUCGCAAAGCCAUAUGCCAAGAACCGUAUCAUUUCUACCUAUAAUAAGAAUUGUAACAUUAAAAAGCAGGUUCAAAUUUAUACUCAGUAACACAAAAAAUAAUCCUAGUAUGGAUUGAUGGAAAAUAUUCUGACCCGCCUGACUCGCGGGAAAUUUAUAAAUUCUCGAUUCCUUAUUUAUAACAAACGAAGAAUAUUUUUUACAACUGCAAAUCAUACUAUUCAACCUAAUUACUUUUAUUUAAGACAUACCAUUAUAGUUUCUUUGUCACGUUUUGCUUUAAAUAAUAGUUUAGAUAAUAUAAUGUUUUCUAAUUUUAAGGAUCGAAUUAAUAACGGUUUACAUAAUAUGAAAGAAAAACAACUUAAUAAUGGUGUCGAUAAUGUAGAUGAAGAAAAUAUAGAAGUUAUACCUUCAAGUAGUAAUAAUAGUAGUAAUAGCUCCAUUGGUGGACUUUUUCCUUCAGUACGUCGUUCUUUACAAUCUACUAGGCUACAAAAUUCUUCUUCUUCGAUAAAAAGUGAAGAUAGUAGUAGUAGAGUGGACGUUACUUUAUUUGGGAGCGAAGACGACACAGAAAUAAUUGAAGGUUUUUCAAAUGAGAAAGAAAAAGAAGAAACGGAGAAUCUUUCGGAAGAAAUAAAAGAAAAAUUAGUAAAACUAAAAAAAUAUGAGACAAAAUUUCCAGAAAUCUUAAGAUUAUAUAAGAAACUCUUAAAUGAAAAAAAAGCAAUUGAAACUGUAUUAAGAGAGAACACACAUCUAGAUGGACUUUCCGAUGUGGAAUCAUUUGAAGCACAUUUAAGAAACUUAAAUAUUAAGAAUGAAGUAUAUAUCAUUAUUUUAAUUAUUAUUUUUGGAAAUUUUUGGUAUUUAAUAAAUUUUUUUUUUUCUUAGAUGUCUAUGGAAGAAAUUAAAAGAUUAACCCAAAUUCAAGAUGAAUCCAAAAAACAAAUUGAAGAAAUUAAGGAAGCUCAUAAUAUGCAAUCUAAAUCACAGACAGAUUUAAUUGAGAAUUUACAAGAGAAAUUUAAAGAACAAGAGAAGGUUC